AUGGCUUCCCCUUCUUCCGACCUUCACUUUAUCUUGUUCCCUCUAAUGGCCCAAGGCCAUAUGAUACCCAUGGUGGACAUUGCCCGAAUGCUAGCCCAACGCGGUGUUCUUGUCACUAUAAUCACAACUCCACUUAACGCCAACCGUUAUAAAUCAGUCACAGAUCGUGCAAUCAAAUCUAACCUCAAGAUUCAAGUUCUUGAACUCAAACUCCCUUUAGCUGAAGUUGGGUUGCCUGAAGGAUGCGAGAGUUUUGACUUGAUUCCAUCAACUGCACUAGUGGUCAAGUUUUUCGACGCCAUUGCCAUGUUAGAAGAACCAACUGAAAGCAUGCUCCAGCGUUUAACUCCUGCUCCAAGUUGCAUCAUCUCAGAUAGCGGUUUACCAUGGACGACAGGUCUGGCUAAGAGGUUAAAUAUUCCUAGACUUGUUUUCUAUGGACCAGGAUGCUACACGUAUCUAUGCAUACACAUAGUAGCGAACACUAGAAUACUUGAUGAAAUCAAAUCCGACUCUGAGUACUUUGUGCUGCCCGGUUUGCCUGACCGGAUCGAAGUUACCAAACCCCAGGCUUCUGAUUGGCCAAAAAGAGACUCAAAAGAAAGGAUGGAGAUGUUUCAACGUAUAGAAGAAGCUGGAAAAGCUGCAUAUGGGAUUGUCGUGAAUAGCUUCGAUGAGUUAGAGCCCAAGUAUGUUGAAGAAUUCGCGAAGGCGAAAGAUAAAAAGGUGUGGUGUAUUGGACCGGUUUCGUUAUGUAACAGAAGUUUCCUAGAUGUAGCCGAAAGAGGUAGCAAAGCUUCCAUUAACGAACAUGAUUGCUUGAAGUGGCUGGAUUUAAGAGAACCAGGUUCUGUAGUCUACGUUUGCUUAGGGAGUCUAUCGUAUGCUUCCACAGAGCAAGUCAUUGAGCUUGGAUUGGGAUUGGAGUUAUCGAACAAACCGUUUAUUUGGUUCAUUAGAGAGACAAACGAGGAACUAAAGAGAUGGCUCUUGGAAGAAGCAUAUGAAGAAAGGAUCAAAGAUAGAGGUUUAAUGGUGUUUGGUUGGGCACCACAAAUCUUGAUACUCUCACAUGCAGCGGUUGGGGGUUUCAUAACGCAUUACGUGUUGAAGAUUGGAGUGAGAAUUGGUGCGGAGGUUCCUGUUUCUUUUGGGGAGAGAGAUAACUUGAAAGUGAUGGUUAAGAGGGAAGAUGUGAAGAUAGCUGUGGAAGGUUUAAUGAAUGAUGAUGAAGAAGGAAAGGCAAGAAGAAAGAGAGCUAAAGAGCUUGGGGAAAUGUCAAAGAGAGCAAUGGAGGAAGGGGGUUCCUCUCACAACAACAUGACGUCGAUGAUUCAAGAAAUUAGUGAAGAAGUAGCCAAGAACAAUAAACCGUUUCAAGAUUACAGGUGA